CCAAGAGGGGAUUUAUUGCGCACGCGCGGGGAGGAGCCGCGGGGCACGUUGGGAGCAGGUGUCUCUCCAUCCACAUGGCUGCGGAGGAAGCCACCAUCACAGUUCGCCUCAUCCGUUCAUUUGAGCAUCGAAAUUUCAAACCUGUAGUUUACCAUGGAGUUAACUUGCAUCAAACUGUAAAGGAAUUUAUAACAUUCCUAAAGCAAGAUGUCCCUUUGAGGACCAGCCUGCCACCACCCCUCAGAAAUUACAAAUACGAGUCUAAUUGUGAGGUCGCAGAGGCAGCAGGCAGGAGAUGGAGGCCCCGAGUGGAAAGUGCUUUGAUUUAUGAGACCCGCAGCAUUUACAUACUCCACACUGAAGCAGAGAAAGGAAUAAGAAAGCGUGAUUUGAGAUACACUAAAGAUUCUUCAUCAAGCUCACAAAGCAAAGCCAGUGAAACUGAAAUUGCCUUCUUCUGUGGAGAAGAUUAUAGGAGAUACAAAGCUAAUCCCAUCUCGUCCUGGUGAAAGUGUCUAGGUAUACUUUUGUAAACCUUCAUUCCACAAGUUAUUUUUUUUAAUUGUCAAAUAAAUCU